GUCUUGUAAUACAAACAUGACAUUAUACUUGCAAACACCCAUGGAGGAGGAGACUUUGCCACACUAUAAGCCCGAGUAUUACUACCCAGUCAACAUUGGAGAUGUAUACAAUGGCAGGUACCAGGUCGCGGGCAAAAUUGGCUAUGGCGCGUACUCAACGAGUUGGCUAUGCUGGGAUCUUCGAGACAAGAAGCACAGUGUACUGAAAGUAUCUACCUCACUGCCAAAUUUUCCCAAUGCGGCCGACCGCGAGUUCAGGAUCUACGAACAUCUCACGAACAUCAAUUCCAAGCACCGAGGUCAAUCGCUGAUCCGAGAGCUUUAUGAUUCAUUUGACCUUCAAGGGCCUGUGGGCAAACAUCGCUGUCUAGUUCUGCAACCGAUGCACAUGACACUUCUCGAAAUGAUGAGACUAAGUCCGAGGCCGUUUGAUCUCCCCCUCCUAAAAAUGACGGUUAAACGAAUUCUACUCGCCCUUGAUUUUUUGCACACAGAAGCCGAGAUAAUUCAUGCUGAUCUAAAAACCGACAAUCUGAUGCUUACCCUGGAGGAUAGCACCAUGCUGGCAGAUUUCGCGAGAGCAGAAGCCAAGGAUCCAAGCCCUCGGAAGGUUGACGGGUCGCAUAUUAUCUAUCAAAGCCGAAGAUUCCGUCCGCCCACCGGAGGCAAAGGUUACGGGCUCCCGGUUCUGUGUGACUUUGGCGAAGCACGAAUUGGAAAGAAACAUGAGUCCAGCCCGUUCGUCCAACCGGAUAUUUAUAGAGCACCAGAGAUCAUAUUCGAAAUGUCGUGGGGGAGUGCUGUCGAUAUUUGGAACCUGGCGGGCCUGAUCUGGGAUCUCUUUGAAGGCGAGCAUCUAUUUAAAGAUAUAUUUGAUGCAGAAGGUCGUCAUGACCCUUUCAAGCAUCUGGCACUCAUGGUCGCUUUGAUUGGGCCACCGCCGAGGGAAUUUGUUAGACGUAGUGAGACGACAACGCAGUGUUUUAACUCCAGUGGUGCCUGGAUUGCCCAUGCAGACGCAAUGAUACCAUCGAUCUCCCUGGAGGGCUUGGAGAGGCGACUCUCUGGGCAAGAGAAAGCAACAUUUAUCCAGUUUAUGAGGUCAAUGCUCAAGUGGCUACCAGAGGAACGCAGCACAGCAAAACAGCUGCUUGGAGAUUCGUGGUUGCUCUGACACCUUGCCAAUAAAUACUCUUGUCUAGUCACCACGCAGGUUUAGCCCGUGUUGUUUUCUUAGCCGAUGAUUGGGGCCUUCUUUUCAUGUUGGUGCUAAUUCUUCUACUGUUAAUUGGCAGAAACUGUUCAAGACUCAGAAUAAGCUUGAGUACACUGAGCAAGAAACUCU